GCAGAUAGUUGACCUUGUCACAUAUUCUGAACUGUCGUGUACCUUAUUCUUACAUCCGCCGGUAGGCGAGCGGUUUUGUCACCUAACGAACUCCCAAAUGGCGGGUUAUAGCUUUGUUGAAUAUUUUGGGGGCGAUUCCGGUCAUCGUUGUGGCUAUUGUGGAAGCAGUGAUACCAACUACACGCAUGGUAAGUAAUCAGCCAGUACAUCGCAAAUUUGGUAAAAGAUACUUUCCGUUUUCUUAAAUUUCCGCGAUCCCAUCACAUUCGAUAGUCCUAAAUAUACGAAGACUUUUUUCUGGGGAAAACAUCUAAAGAAGUGUAAGAUUUCUCUUACAUUUUGCUUCAAGGUAUGUGGGCCCACCAGAUGACUUGUUUGGAUUACCAAGAUCUCAUCGACAGGGGAUGGAGAAGGUUUGUGGAAUUAGUUUUAUGUACAUUGCUGAUUCUGUGCAUCCUUAAUUAACUCACCUCUCAUCACGUUCUUCUUCAAAUUUUUCUUUGUUCAAAAGUUUCGAAACAGUGCUGUAAUAUUUUUCUUCUUCUUUCUCAGAUUAUCUUAAGGUAUUGAGCACUUUAGCACAAAGAAAAAUGAAAAGUGCCCUGGUUUGAAAAAUUUAAAGCCAAAGAAAUAUUCAAUCCAAAACAAAUUAAUAUCACAGCCUCAAUGGUAGUACUGAUUUCAACGUAAUAAAGUUUGUUUUUACUUUAAUAAUAACAUAUUAGUUUUCAAACGUGACUCCACACAGUUUCUCUUUCCUCCUGCUAUCAUACUCGGAAGAUAAAAGUUAAGCUAAGGAUGAAAUUAAAUUUUUACCAUUAAUAAUGAUUACACCUGCAAUUGAUUUUUAAAAAUAUUUCUGUAUAUUUUGUUUGUCUCUUACAGGAGUGGUCAAUAUGUGUACAAGCCAAUGAUGAAAAAAAUGUGUUGUCCUUCUUAUACCAUAAAGUAUGUUUUACCUCCCAUUUUAUUUUCACCUGAUUACUUGCAAUUAUUAACAUUAAACAUGCUGUGAUUGCAACAUGUGUACAUUAGCCUCGAUCAGUGAUACAAAGCUAAAUGAUAACAAAAUUUUAUCAACAGGAUGUGUGAAUUUUUGAGUAAUAUAUUAGACAUAUUAGAAAUUGUAUGACAACCUUAUCAUCUAGGGUAAACUGCUAUUAAUAAUGGAAAUUGGAUAAUUUAAACCUUACAAAGCUUUUGGAAGGCUUGGUUUACCCUCUUGGGCCUCACACAUUUGAGUUGGCCACUCUUACCAACUAAAAUUAGGAGUCAUAUUUCAUCUUAUAUUUCUAGAUAUUAUUUUUUUAAGCAUCUGAGUAGGCCUGAAUCUUAAAUCCCUGGUUCCACAUAGCUCAUUUCACACUCUUAAUCAUAUCAGGUUUCUAUAAUACUGAUCAUGGUUCAGGAUUUUUUUUCCACACCAUUUAUACCAAAGCAGAAAAAUGCAAACCAGCUGGAAAAAAUGAAAAAAGUUAUCUACUACUCAAGAAAAAACUGUGCUCUUGAUUUUGAGUAUGGUCCUCAGUCAUCAUUCUUGAGCUGCACGUAAGAACUUGUGCUCAGUUUUUUUUCCCACACAGACCCCCCUGCCAGGUAAAUAAUAAUUUACCUUCAAUCAUUUGAGAAAGAUAGGAGAGGGUCCAGGGGAGUACUAACCACCCACAAUUGUUAGUGUUUCACUGAUAUUUAAUGAGCUUGCAUGAUAACACCACACCACCCAGAAUUUUAAAUUUCUGUUCUUUUCAUUUUGUGCAGAUGUGAUGCGCUGUCUUUCAAACCAAGCAAAUCUCAGAAAAAAGUUCUUAAGAGGAUGACCAAGUUUCUAACAGUUCCCAAAUCUGGUAUGUAUUAUGAUUCAAGUUGUAUACACCUGAAUGUAAAAACACAUAAAAAAGCUUUAUCAUUAAACAGUGAGACCCGGUGGCAUUAUGGGUAUACUUGUUCUGCAUAUGGUCAAUGAUGGAAACUGCAUGUAAAUACAUAAUCCAGAGAGAACAGUAUUAUACAAAGGAAGAUUUACCUUUUUAUCACUAAAUUUUCAAACAUUGCCCACAAAGCCAUUGGGUCUUGUCUUCUUCAUCACCUCCAAAGAAUGCUCAGCCAACUCCUCAUCUUGCUACUAGGAUCAACUGCCUGGGGUCUUAAAGGCUGACUACCCAUGAAUAAUGUGGGUAACUUAGUUAUUUUUCAAUUUUAGAGUCAAGUUCCAAGACUGAUGGUGAAGAUGCAGCUGGAUAUCUUUCUGAAGAAUUGGAUCAUGCUCAUGAAACAGCUUUUGUAGAACCUCCUCUAGGAGUGAAGCCAUCUGAAUCAGUCAAGGUUGGGGAUAUUAACUGCGAUGAAUUGGGAAAGGAAGAUUUAAAGGCUACUAAGGAAACAAAAGCCACAAAUGGGCAAGUGCAUUUAAGGGCAUCAGCAUCUUCAGGUCAAAUGGUAGAUGAAUCAACAAGGAAAACCAAGCCAUGUAAAGACAAGAAACCAGGUGAAUCUCUUUUCAGAUAAUUUCUUCUAUGUGUUGUAUUAAAGCAUCUAGCCAUGCUUCACUUACAUAUAGCCUCUUCUUGAAAUUUACAGCACCUGGUUUAGGAGCUGAUCCAAACAAGCCUCCUUGCCGCAAGGCUAGAAUCCUUCGUCAAGAGAGGAAAAUGAAGAAACUUGCAUCAGUCAGUGGGGAACAGGUUGGUGCAUGUUUAGAAUGUCUCACUUUGCCUGAUUUAGGCUUAAGUUGAUAACCAACUCUUGUUUGAAAAGUGAGCUCAUGCAACUGUCCCAAAGAGAGGGAGAAUAUGAAGACCACACCCCAAAGAGGGGUGCCAAUCAAGGCUGUGCCUGCUAGUCUCUCAGUUCAGAAUUAAUAACUACAGGUGAAAUGUCUGUUCAUAUGUUUAAACAGCAGUCCUUUUGCUAUUAUUAGGAAUUUGUUGUAAAUGGAAUUUGAAGUGCACUGGUGAGAGGGGGGGAUGGGAGAUAGGAGAGAGGAGGAAAAUUUUGGAAGGCUGGAAAAAAGUCUCAGAGCAAUUUAAAGACGCAAAUGUUCAUGACCCACUGAAGAUCAGUAAUUCUCCAAAUGCAGAUGCUGAUGUCCAGAUUUGUUUUUCCUCUCAAUUACCAGAAAACUGAAUCUCAGUCAAGUUCCCAAAAUGCCAGAGUCCCUAUUACUAAGUCGUUGGAAGACUUCAUGAUUGACAGAUUGCCCAACCAAUCACCCGUUCAUGAUCUCCAGGUAUAUGUUUUGUACUUCUUGUUAAUAAAGAUAGUAUGUACACACUGAUUUUUUAUGGUUGAUGAAAAUGAUGUCUCACCUUCAUGUUGUAGACUAUUUACCUGCACAAAUUACAGACCAGACAGACGGGUGUACUAAAUUAGUUCAUGUUAAUUGUUGCCAGAUCUCUGUCAUUGAAUUUCACUUUGAAUGACCUUGUUAUGAUGAUGACAAGUCUCCUGCAUUAUGCAAUAGUCAGACUUCUUUUCGAGGAAUACUGUCUAGGCCAAUGCCAGCCAUCCUAUUUUAUGAGACAGUAAAGAAAAGCAGCUAUUAUUUUAAUUAAUAAGCUAGCGAUCAGAAGUAUGACUUCUGUCAAGAGCCAUAUGGAUUAUCUUUCCAAAUAUUCUUUUGUCCCUGAUUGAAAAUCAUCUUCUGUUCAAAAGUACUUGUAUUAUUUUAUGUUACAAAUGAAAAUGUUUCUGCCAGAUGGUUUAUGUGGUUAAAUGCAUGUGGUGGUUGUACUUAGAGUGCACAGCCAGAAAAUCAGCUUGUAAAGAAUUGCUCAACAUUUAAACUUGUCAACAUGACUUUCCUUUACUCGUAGAUCAAGCUGAUUCCAUCAAAUCGAAACAAUCAGCAAUUCAUUGAAACCUUGCCACAGACCAGAGAGUUGUUUUUCAAAUACCAGCGAUUUAUUCAUGGUGACCCCCCUGAAAAAUGCACAGAUAAAAGGGUAUUGAGUUCAAAAUGUUCUAGAGAGUAGGAUGGGUGGUCACUUCUUGUCUAUCAUACACAUUUCAAGAAAAUCUCACUUCCCAAUUUACCUGGUCAUUAUAAAACAUUUCUCACAUGAAAGUGUGAAUUCAAUUGAAAUUGCAUUGCAAAUUACAGCUUCAUGGAGGGUGAAGAUGCAAUUUUGACAAAGGGUGAUCUAUGAGACAAUAAAGUCUCACAUUAAAAUUUUUAAAAUUUUAAGGAUUGCAAAUCUUUUUGUAUAUUUCAGAUAAAUGAGAAAUCAGAUUUGUUCAAGUCAGUAUUUGAGAAGUGACCAUUUUUGUGAAAAAUUAUUAUUCUCAGGUCAAAUUGGUGAGAGUGAAUUUGCAGUGUGAUGAAUUUAAAGCAACAUACCAACAGACUUGUGCUCUCUUUGCAAAAUAUCAAAUAGCCAUCCAUAAGGACCACCCCAGAGAAUGUGGUGAAUCACAGGUUAGGUGUAGCUCUAAUUUUUGCAUUUUCUCGCAAAGAGAAUUGACUUUGAAUAUCUAACAAAAGUAAACCAAGAUUUCUGCAGUUUUGCUUACCUAUGCUCUAUAGUUGGUAUACAAAACUUUCUCAACCAAUUAGAUGGAAAAUCAAAUCAUGACUUUCCAAAUGCUCCGACUUUGAGUCCUGAUUGGCUGUCCUGAUAUUUUUGUUUGUUUUCAUUGGUUGUUGCAUUCAGUUAUGUUUUAGUUUUGGUUUUGCAACAUACAAAUAAAAAGUACUGUUAGUGUUAUGAACUGAGUUGAAAACGUAAAUUGGCCACCAUAGACAGUUUAAAGGCUGUCAUUUUGAGCAUUAGUCCUUCGUCAGAGUGUUGUUAGCCCUUUGCUCCAACUGAUGAAGGGCUAACACUUGAAAUGUUAGCCUUUAAACCCUUUACGGUGGGCACCAAUCUAUGUUUUCAAUUCAGAUGAUAACACUAAGUUACUCCGUUAUGCUCUCCCAGCGACGCAGCACCACAGUUUCUUUAGAAAUUUACCCUCCUUUAUUCAUCUGUAUCACAGAGUUGACCAUAUUAUCAAAUUGUGUGGAAAGCUCCGAGUCCUUGAACUAAGUAUUUUACAGAAAAUAGCUUAAUUCCUUGACACUGAAGGGACAGUUGAAAUAAAUUCAAUUAAAACCAACUGGAUUCUGAAGUGACCACCCAUCCAACUCCAUGAGUUUGUGUUUAAUACAUUGAAUAUUUUAAAAGUAAUAUAUAAAAUUAAACAAUGCACUCGUCAUGUGUAUUAUUAAUUUGCUUUUCAAAUUUAUAGCGAAUGAGUUACUUCAGACAGGCUGCUUUUCCUAUUACUCAUUCAAGGUUAAUAACUUCUGUAAAUUUGUGCAACAUAUCAAUUCAUAGUUGUGCCCUAUGCCAAAAAAUAUUUUGUUUGAUGUAUCUGUGUGGAAUGUGUUGAUUCCAUAGUUCAAACGUGGGUCAUGGUAGAGCUAAUGCUGCUAUCAAAGAAGUUUUCUCAAAUUUUAAAAUAUUUUACAUUCCUCUGAGAGGUGCAAAAGGUAGGGAGUUCUUUUUUUUUGGAGCAGUUUUACACCAACAAACACAAUUUUUACCAAAAAUAAAUUAAUAAUAAUUAUCAUAGCAUUCAAGGAGCAUGGAAAGUUUGCUUACAAACCACAGAAACGAUGCAGAUGUAAUAAAGAUUAUUAUUUAUAAUAAUUACAUGUAUUUAAUGCAUCACCUAAAUGGUAACAUUUACCUGAACCUCGGGUAAGGAUUAUUCUAAGUACUUUGUAUCGUCUUUAAGAAGUGUGUUUUGAAUUGUUUGAUUUUAGUUCAAAAGAUUCUUGGUUGACUCUCCUCUCGAGGUAUGUUUGUAUUAUAUGCACAGUGUUCCUUUUAAAGACUCAUGAUAAACAGUAAAUAUUUGAACCCCGGAAUUCAUGUAACAGUUGAUCUCGCAGUUUGAUCGUCUGGGUGAGAAUAGCGCUGCGAAGGCUAGUUGUGGUUAGUAGUGACUCAGGCUUUGAAAACCAUAGAAGCGUCUCUCAUAAGGACUUCCUUUAUUUUCAUCAAAUUGUCAGUCACCACAGUCACCACUAUCGACAAUAGUAUACUUCAAGACCCAGGCUUUCAAUAUAAGCUAUUUUCCAGUAGUCUACCAUCACCUGUAAGUCCUCUUAGCACCGUCUAUUUAGCGUGUGAGAAGUCUCUCUCUCUCUUGUGUUUGGGGCUUGUGGAAAGAGUUAAUCGAAAUCCCUUCAAGAUUACUUUCACCUGGACGGUAGACUACAUGAUGAACUUCUCGACGGAGAUGAGUCAUUUUUUGUGUCAUAAAAAUAUAAUAUUUUAAUACAAUAAAACCUUGAGUUAGUCGUUUGAGUAUUUUUUUUCCCAUCACCAAGCUCGGAAAGUUAAAUCUUUGAAUGUUUGAAUUGUUUGUUCUCUAAAUACCUUUCAGCGCACAACUGGACCAGAAGCCCCACCAAUGGGCUUUGGAUCGUUUCAUCAACAAUACUUUCUCGGCGGUAAGUUGUUUCACUAGGAGCUCACCCACGGACUUUGGAAAUAGUAUUUAUUUCACAAAUAGAUUCCAUGUCGUCGUGCGUCUGUUCACCAGUAGAGAUGUUAAUCGUGAUGUUUCCGGCAAACGAAUAACGACUACAUGACGUUUUCCGUUUGCCUUCGUCACCUCUUGCACUUGAGCUUUGCGUACCCAGCGAAAUACCUUAAAACAAAGAACAGUACGGAGUUAACUGCGCUUGAGUAUUAUUUCCGAUAAUUUUCAAUUAAAGUCAAUGCGAAACAGUUGUUUUACCACAAAGAAGGAGUGAAGAAGCUUUCCCUCAAAGUUCACGAUUGCUAAAAUACUUUACACUAGCAUAAAAUAAUAUACUUUUUCUCGCGCUUUUCAUUAAUAUGAAACCUCCUCCCUUCACGUUGAAAACGGCAGAGGGCAAACGGCAAACGGCAAACGUUAAAAAUGGCGGGAAAAAUUGGUCACAUGGUCAUCUUUGCCAUUUCCUUUAUAUCGCAAACGUCUUUAGAUCACAGAUGACGUCAAAAUGUGAUAAGAAACAAAAGUAGAGUUCAAUACUGUGAUAUUGCGAUACUGCAAUACUGCGAUUCUGUGAUACUGCAAUACUGCGAUACUACAAUACUACAAUACUGCAAUACUGCGAAACUGCAAUACUGCUCAAGUAGUGUUCAAUACUGCUUUCAUAUUCACUUCUUUAUCCGCAGUUCUAAUAUGUGACUUUCAUAUAUUCAUAGUCGUUUAUUUACCACUUUACGGGUUUAUUUGGUACCAACUUAUUGACCAGCUCUCAGUCGGCUUCUCAGCUCAAAUGAUAGAGCACUGCACCGGUAUCGCGGGGGUCAUGGGUUCAAAUCCUGUACAGGCUUGAAUUUUUUUCAGGCCUUAGUUUCACUACUGCUCAAGUGGUGUUCAAUACUGCGAAGAUCGCUUUCAUAUUCACGUUUUUAUAUAUUCACAGUCGUUUAAGAACCAAAAAGUAACACGAGGCGUAGCUUAGUGUGUUAUUGAUGUUCUCAGUACUCUAUGACGUCCUCUGAUUUAUUAUUGAAAAGACGCUCGGAAACAUGGAAUCUAUAUGCAUUUGAGUUAUAUGAUAGAAAAUGCAAAAUCUUGUUAGUGGUGAUGUCAUCUAUGCGUCCGUCCUCCAAUAGAUCAUAGGUAAGAACCGGUCUAAAUGCGUGUUUAAUUCAGCUUACAAUAUAAAAUAACAAUUGAGAAGGUAAGUUUAAUGUUCCGCUUACCGUAUGUUCACUUUUUUGCGUUGUGGCGUUUCAUUAAUGUUUCACUGUCUUUCUACGUUUUUAUUCUGCUCACACAUCGCACCUUGUGCAUUUUGACGCUUAUACUUCUGGAAUGCAUUUUUAUGUGCAAACCUUUAGUGUUGUUUUGCCCGUAUGGUUACAGUCAUUAGCCUCCAACCAUCUUUGAGAGAGAAACUAAUUUUCGUUCUUUUUUGUUGUUGUUUCAUUUAUAUGUUUGUCUUUUUGUGGCAGAUAAACUCAUAGCAGUUGGAGUGCUAGACAUUCUUCCGCGCUGCGUUUCGUCUGUGUAUUUCUUUUAUGAUCCCGAUUAUUCAUUUUUAUCUCUUGGGGUCUAUUCCGCUCUGAGGUAAACUUAAGUCUUAUUUUUUUAAAUGCCCUCUCUGAGUUCUCUUUUUUUGAUCAUGCUCCUAUUCGUUACCAAGAGAAUGUGAACUGUUUCUAAUCUCUUGUCUGUACUCGAGCCGGAGUCUUGGAGAAUGGUGGAAUUACCAAGCAAUACCUGCCCAAAACCAAUUUUCAGUUCAAGUUUUUAAAUUCUCCUCAAGUCAGAUGAAAAUGAACGUGUUGUUAGUUCUGCAGGUGUGAAAAUCAUAUGAACGGUUUGAAACAAUUCUAACUUGAAAAGAAGGUUGACCAAGUAUGUCGGCGAGGUAACCGGUAAGUCGGCGAGUCGACCAAAUUCGACUGUCCGCGAGUUGACCAAAAGUGUCCGCGAGGUGACUAGUGGUGUUGGUGAGUUGGUUGGCGGCGAAGUGACCGGGUGCCCCUCUAGCAGACCAUUUCAUACACUUAUCUCUCUGAAUGUACAGCCAAACGCCUAUAGCCUUUUGCUUUCAUCUCUCUCGUAGGGAAGUUCAUUUUGCUCGCUGCCUUCAAAAAAGCGUCCCGACCAUUCAGAGUUACUACAUGGGUUUCUACAUACACUCGUGUCCAAAAAUGAGAUACAAGGUGUGUACAUUGACCGGCAUCAGCAAUAACUUGGCUUUUGGUCAUAUUGGCUGAGUUAAGUUUCACGACAGUCAAUCGGAAAGUGAUUUACAUCGCUGUGCUGCUUUCUCUCUCCAGGGUAACUACUCACCAUCCUACCUGGCCUGUCCAGAGACGUUCAAUUGGAUUCCCAUGAAGCAGUGUCUCCCUAAGCUCGACCUCAGUAAUUAUUCUCGGCUCGACGACUCAGACGAAGGUGAGACAUGGUAAAUCUGUGGGUGGUGGGGGGUGGGAGUAUUAUAUUAGACAUCAGAUUUGAUGGUGUGGGGUGAAGCACUGGCCAGAGACACUUUUAGUGUUGUUUUCCUUGCGAAGAAUUUCAUGAGUUCCCCAUCUAAAGAGAGCAAGCGACACAUUUUCUCGUUGUAACAAACCUCCUUAUGAUCUCGUCUUCUUUAAUUUUGGUUGCAAUUGCAGUAGUAUAUUACUUGACCUAAACCCCAUUCACAUCAAAGCUCAAACAUGUUUUAAAACUGUUCGGUUAAACACUGUUUAAAGUUUUGCUCUAUACAAGCUGCUUAAACCCAUGUUUGUCGACUUCAAAUGUAGCACACUGCCGGGAAGUUCAAGUCGGCGAUUACUUGAAUCCUAUGGAAAAUUCAGAUUUUCAUUCAGUUAAACCCGGUGUAACCAAACAUGCUUUUUGCUUCGUGAGCAAAGCUAUACGAGACUUCUCAUCACUCGUAGGUUGUCUUGACCUUUAUUCGUUGUAAAGUCGCUUUUGUCAAACAAAUCUUUUUUUCACAACUUUUUUAGAAUCUCCCAAAGCAACCGCGGAUGACGUGCUUGUUUUUUACAAGCGGAAAGCCCUACCUUACCAGGUAAUCUCUAACUUUACAUAUGCUCUUUCUCUCCCCCUGUUCCUCCUUCCCACCCCCUCUCCCCUUUCCCGGCCUUUCCUCUAACCCUUUUCUGUCUUACUUUAAGCGAGUAGACCCCACUUGAUGUUGUUACUUCUUGGAAAAUCGAGGCCAAAUUUGUCAAUUUUUUUCAUUUUCCAUUGACGAUUAACUGUGGCACGAAUGGAAUGUCUCGUAGUAGAGAUUCAUGUAGUGUCCUUUGCAGCCGUUCUUUUGAUGUCACGUAAUGCUCCACCACGAUAAUCAUCCAGGGUCAGCGUUGCGUGACACUGGAACAGUUGCGAACAUAAGAAGAAAACUAGAAUGUUUGAUGUAAUACAUAGCAAUAACACUUACUGUCGCUGAUGCGUCUCUCCUGACAGAUGUAUGAAGCUUAUACAGAGGCAAAUGAUCGCGGGGAGGUUCAGGAGUACGCAGAACUCGUCGGACCUGAGGUUUUGCCAAGGAUGCUGCUCUACAGAUCCGGUUAAAAUAUGCUAAGGUUCCAGGCCAAGAGAGGAUAAAGUCAAGGCGUGGCGGUCACACGUCGCUUCUGGCGCUAUAUUUAAGAAACGAUUGUUCGGGGUAAAAAAGUUAUGAAACGGUGCAUCAAGGCGGGAGCCUCUAAAAUCGUUUAGAAAGCCUUGAUGUUAGCUCAAGAAAAGAGUAUUCGAACGGAUUUCAGCAAAUUAAAAGGGGGCGCUACUCCGACAACAAUAACAAUAGGUCAGUGGGUGUUAUGCAUAUUCCUUGCUCUUAUUUGCGAGAAGGUCUUUCUUUGAGCCUUGUGCUCCAAGCUUCGUAGGAUCAGGAAUUGAUUAAUAGAAAGGCAAAUAUCUUCUGUGUGAAAUAAAAUGAUAUGCUUGGUUUAAAUGGUGAGAAGUAUACGGUUGGUUUUCGCGAAAUGGGACCGAAUUGACUUUGAAACUUCUGUUUAGUGUAUCAUUAGUGUGACUUCUGUUUAACUGUCCGAAAUGGUUUUUACCCUGUUGUUGAAAGAAACAUGUUCUCGUGGUAUGGUUAGAAAAUCCAGCACGAUUUCCCUGAGUUUUAUUUCGAAUUUCGCGAAGUUAUACCUUCGGAGUCAGAGGUGACCCUGCAAGUGUGCCGCGGGGUGGUUUGCAAAUUAAUCGACGCGGCUGUCUGGAGCAAGUCCCAGAUUUAUUUUAUUUUAAUCCACAUUAAACAAUGGGUUAGAGAGCUACGAGGAGCAGACUAAUCUUUAGCCUUGAACUUACGGUUAGUCUCAAUAAUAGUUUGGUUCAAUUAUUUUUCUCUCUGUAUCUAAGCUUCCUUUUAAGGAGUAUUUUGUUCAAGAGCUGAUAUUUGUUGUUUUUACUGACCGGCUGAGAGACGCAAAAAGUCCAUUUAAAACACUCUCUUGAUCGUCUUUUUAUUAAGCCACCACUUGAGAUUUUCAUGAGUUAGAUUAUUAAGAAUAAUCAACGUCAAUUAAAUAGAAAUCGAAGGGACCUUUACCCGCAGGAACUCGUGACCAUAUUCAAUCAUUAAUCGUGGGUUUAAAUGCUUGACUAGAGCUUACUAGCAAAGCAGCUUAUCUACUCUUCCAGAAAUCAUUAGUUGGGUCACUUCUCCAGAUCAACUUCUGGGAUGUUCUUUCACCGCUCUCUCCCUUUGGAUGUGGUUAACAUUCAAUGUGUUUAUGCAAUCUUGCAGACAAACAUUCAGAGGAACAAAGAAGGUAGUGAAGGUACGAACAAAUGUGUCUGGGAGUUUAGGCUAUCUAAGAAAGAAGUUGUAUUCUUGGAUACUUUAGCCGUGGAUUACUUUGAUCCUGCUUGUUAAAAUUCAGGACCAGCAAGGUCAAUUCACAAAUGAAGUGAGGUUUCCUGUCUGCUCCACAUGUCUUCAACGAAACUUCUUUGCCAAUCUUUCUUUGCCUAUCAUCGAUCUCUUAUGCUAUCUGUAAUCAGGACAAUCUUAUAAGCACAGGGAUUUAAAACACUCUACCAGAAAAUAUUUUGACGAGCGAGUGCUCGGUAUUUUCUUCACUAAAUUUAUGGCCGCCAUUAUGACUGGUAACAGGUGAAUUCGAUCCCUUGCAUGGCUGCUCCAAUUCCACCGCUUGAAGUAUGGUUGUGUGACCCCUAACUUUUGAUCUAACGCGACUUUUCGGACUUGAAUACUGAGGUACUAUCAUAAACCCAGUACAACUUGAGACGAAGUGUUUUGGUUAAUGGAAGGAAUUCGAUUCUGAUUGUAUUCUGGAAUACAACAGAAGCAAUCACUGCAAAUCAGUGUUUAAACAUGUUAAAAAAAAAACUUUGCUUUCAGUGUAAAAAAAAACAUUGCUCUCACAGUAUUAGACGGAGAAGUGAUAACUGUCCGAUUUCUGGGCACGGUAUAUCAGCAAGAAGUUGAUGAAUGAGUAAAUGGAUUUAUGGAUUGGUAGACGGACGGACUGUCAUGCGUUUGCUUGUUCUUUUGCAUUACCAUAAAGUGAGUUCGACCAAAGCAUUGCACCAGUAAAAGUGGUGAAUUUUCAAAGUUUGCCUGUAGGGCUUUAUUUUAAGAAGUGAUGUUGAAUUUUAGUUGUUCUUUUGUAUUACGAUAAAAUGAGUUCCACUAAAGCAUUGCACAAGUAAAAGUGGUAAAUUUUCAAUGUUUGCCUGCAGGGCUUUAUUUUGUGAAGUUAUGUUGAAUCUUGGUUGUUCUUUUGUAUUACGAUAAAAUGAGUUCCACCAAAGCAUUGCACAAGCAAAAGUGGUAAAUUUUCAAGGUUUUUCUGCAGGGCUUUAUUUUGUAAAUCGAUGUUAAAUUUAAAAAUAACCGCAGAAAUUUGAUCAACGUUCAAUUCGCUACCAUCCCAUCUUAAUUUCGGAGACAUUUGCGCGAGAUCUGGGGUUGAGGAAGAAGUCGACUUUAAAAAUGGCGACUAGGCCGACGUUGUUUAUGAAAAGAAACAGUGUUUCAUGCCGCAUUGUCUGGCUCUACUUAAAACAGGUGAGUAUCAAAAAUAAAUCUUUUCCAGAUGAAUGACUCGUUGAGAAAGACUAACGUAUAUUUUGCUCACUUUGCCGAUCGCACGGUCAGUCCAAAUUUCCAAACACAGUUUCCCUCAAAACUUCCACCGAAAGCACUUUUUCUACGGCUCUUCCUCCUCUCUGAAGACUUGAAUUAAUAUUUUUUUUUACUGUGAAACAGUUGGAAGCUUAAAUAUUUUUGGAACCUCAACCCUUAAACGCUUAUUAUUUGACGAUAAAUUCUCCGAUCUAUUUAGUACCAGCUGAAUUUCCUUACAAAAAUGUACUCAUGUACCCAAGUUCAGAAAUUUGGACUAACAUCACGUAAAACUACACAUAAAAUCAUAGUUCUUUCAAAUCUUAUGAAUUUUUUGCUUUAUGAUAUUAAAAACUAAAUGGAAUAUGAAUUUCUACGAAUUGAUAACCAUGAAUUAAGCCAAAGAUUUUGAGAUAAAAGGCAGGAAGAAGUUGGAAUUAACUUGUAGCAAUUUUUUAAUAUUCUACCAAGAACUUGUGGAUUGUGUGCAUUGUUAUUUGUCGGUUAUUUUUCUUUUAAUUUAGAAUGAAAUUCCAUUUAUGAUGAUUGAUUUGGAUGAGUGUAAGCCUUCAGAUUUUGAAAGCAGAAGCCCUCUUGGUACAGUGCCAGUAUUGCAAGAUGGUGGCCAUAAUAUUUAUGGGAGGUAAACUUUUAUCAUAAGGCUCAUCUGUGCCAGGUGGCUACAAGGUUUUUCAAUCAAUGAGCCAUUUUCUGUGGGGAAAAAUUUGAUCCAUGAAUACCUGAAAUAUGGGAUAACCAAAAUGUACCUUAACUUGGAAAAAUGUAUCUCCUGUUAUGUCACAAUUUUUUGACACUGUUCAUCAACUCAAUGAUAAUAAAACCAAGCACACAAAUAACUUAAGUUUACUAGAGCUUCAUGGGUGUGUCAGAUGAAGCCAACAUUUUUGCUAUUAGAAUGCAUAGUAGUCUUAGUUAAAGAGAAAUUUAUGGCCCCAUUGUCAGUGGCAGAUCCAGGGGGAUUAAUUUGAGAAACUUAACAGACUAAUACUUCCUGCUUUUUUGGUUUUCUUUUCUUUUCUUUAUAGCCAGGCUAUAGUCUAUUACUUGGCAGAGAAAUACACAAACUAUGCAGGUUUUGGAAAAAACAAUGAAAGACCACUGAUAGAGUCUGUCAUUAACUGGGCAGCCACUACACUACUGAGGUAUUAUACUGACUGAGGUUUACUUUUCAAGAUCUUCAGUUAUCUAACUUUUACAGGCUUGCAACUAGCAUUGUAGAGACAAACACUCUUUGUUCAUUUUAGUGACACAUGCAUUUAUUGGCAGGGUGUAAGAUCAGAACCCUCUCCAAAAUGGUUCAACCUGAAUUAGCAAUUUAUUACACACAAAAAAAUGUGUCUGAUAUACCUAUAGCAGAAAGGGUUGUAGCCAAGGAAAUAGUAUGCUGGUUAAAAAUAGAGUUGAACCAGUCCAAAAGGAGACCUGGUGACAGAAUAUUAAUCCCAAUCUUCAGCAAGCCCUUCACAGUGAGGCUACCAAACAUGAUUUCAAAUGCAGGUUAUUGAAAAAGAGUAGUGUAAACAAGUACCCUUUGCUAAGUUUCAAAUGUAAAAAUUCAGCCAAUGAUCAUCUGUUUGACAGCCAAUGCCAAUAGCAACAACCCCAAGUUGUACAUCAUCAUGAUCAUCCAGUAAUCUUGAAUAAUUUCAUACGGUAACUUAUGGUUUAAUCAGAGAAAGGGGUGUUUGAAAUUUAAAGAUAGAUUUUUAUGGCUGGACUUAAUGCUGUGUGCAGAGUCACCAAGGUCAAUAUUCUUUUGAUAUAAACAAUUUCAAACUUUCAUGAAUCUAGUAAAAGGUAUUGCAGUUACUUUAACUUGUGGAUAUUGUUACUGCAUUUCUUUCUGGGAGGAUAAUUGUUCCCUAUGAUAAUGUUGUAACUUCUGUAGCCAUUUUGGAGAUGUUUGAAGAUCUCAAACUCUGUCCCAGUAUAUUGAUUUACAGGUUGUGGUUCAGUUGUUUGCAGCUGUUCAAAUUUAGCUAUCACUGCUACAUACAUGUAUUUGUAGAACCAAUGUAUGUUUAAAACUCUUAAAUUCAAUUAAUAUUUGAAACAAUAUUGAUACAAUCUGACAAUUUUAAGUUUUUUUUUAUGUAUGGUAUUCCAUCAACUCAUAACUGAUUUUUUUUUUCUGCAAUUAAAACAUUUUUUUUUUAGGGACAUUGGAAAUAAUUAUGUCUACCCAAGCUUAAACUGGCCAGGAGUUGCCUUGGCCAAAGAAAGCAACUCCUCCCUGGUAGACUUUGGCAAGAAUGAAGUGAUCUUUCACCUGGAUGUUUUAGAAAAGCACUAUUUGUGUCACCAUGAGUUUCUGUGCGGCAACUCAUCCACUAUUGCAGAUUGCUGGGUUGCUGUAGUCCUCUCUUUGUUAGAGCUGGUGUGUUUUGACCUAACACCCUGGCCAAGGUUGAGGUCAUGGGUGUGCAGUAUGAAGUCCAAUGGUGAUUAUGUGGAUGUCAGUUAUAAUCACGAAGAAAUGGUGCGGAAGAGUUUCUAUAAUUUGAAUAGCAGUGCUUCAGAUCUGAAGACUGUGAGUGUUGAGAAUCUCACCUAA